CUUUGUCAAUAAAUGUUUUAAUCGAUCUCUGCGAAGAUCUGCCGGCUUGGUAAAUGCAGGUGUUCCACUAAUCGGGUGACUUUACUAACCUUGUACGUUCUUCGGAAGUAAUCUAGUAAAGGAUUAUGGAUUUUAUGAAUCCGUAGUAAAAGGGUUGUAUCGAAACAGUCGAUCGACAGCACAGGAAUUUUCUGCUUGGCGGAAGGUUGCAGUUUCUGUUUUCGAAUACAUAGAAACCAUAAUUUAUAUCAAUAUAAGUUCUCCUGUUAUAGUUUAAAAAGUAAUUGAUACACGGCUUUAGAAGAUAAUGCUUGUCUUGAAAUUACAUUCGUUAUUUAUAUCAGUAAUAAUUUGCCUAAAUAACAUUCAUGUAUUGGGGUUCGUUGAUUAUAAUAUCACUAUGGAGAAUAACCAUAUGUUUCCUUUCUCGUCUUCUGAAGUAAACUCAAAUUUUUUAGAGCAUGGCAAGAAGCUUAUCCAGCUGCAUUAAAGUAUUUCUGUUUCAAUAAAUAUGCUUGGUAAAUAUCAGAGCUAUGCGCUGGGACGGCUACUACGUUGGAGGUAUGAGGACUUCAUAUCAUCACAUCCAGAGGAGGUGGAAGUGUUAAGCAGCGAAAAGAAUCGCUGUAUGCUCAGCGCUCUCUGUCACGUGGCUUCGUUAUAUCUUCCUAAUCAAAACUGGGAAUUCUUACCAAAUUUUCCAUGGCAGCCAAUACCAGUAAAGUACAGGGCUGUAGGAACUGAUAAAUAUUUAGGAACAGAUAUGGAAUGUUCUGCAGCAAGAAAAGCAGCGGCAGAAAUAUUAGAAUUGGAAGAAGGUAAAGCGUUCUUAGAAUCUCAUAAGAAAUUUUUCCAAUAUUUGUCAUAUCGCAGCGGAUUAAAAAUUGAAACCUGGGCAGAUGCAGCAGCCUUGUACGAUAUUUUGUCUAUGGAAAAGACAUAUAAUUUAAUUAUUCCAUCUUGGGCUAGACAAAGACAAAAUUGGGAAGAACUGGAGCGGAUAAGCGAUAUGUCAUUAUAUUUAUCGACAAAAUCCAAAGAAUAUCAAAGACUAAAAGCAGUCUGUGUUUCAAAGUUUAUUUACAAAGACAAUGAUACAAAAUGGUUCAAAGCUUGA